AUGGGUGCCGGUGAUGUGGACGUUGAAGUGCCGGAGGUGUGUCAGGAGGUUUGCCUGCUUUAUGCUAAUUGUGAGCGAUUUUCGCCGGUUUUGUGUGCAGAUGUGAGAAAAAUUGCAGGUCCAGUGACGAGCAUGUUCUGCUGCUGUGCCUUCCUGGAUUUGUUCUUGUUACUGGCGUCAGCGCAGCAUUGCACAGGCAUUUAUCCGUUCAUUCAGGACAGCUAUAAAGCCAAUUAUGGCUCAUUCUCAGCGAGCGAGCUGCGUGAGGCGAAGGAGGCCGCCCGUGAAAUGUUUUAUUUUGCGUACGAGAACUACAUGCGGCACGCGUUCCCGAUGGAUGAGCUCGAUCCGAUCAACUGUGCCGGCCGCGGGCACGACCACCUCAAUCCGUCGAACAUAAACAUCAAUGAUGUGCUCGGCGAUUAUUCGCUCUCUCUGAUCGAGUCGCUGGACACGCUGGUUGUUUUUGGGAAUCGAACGGAGUUCCACAAUGCUAUUCGCAUGGUCAUUAACAGUGUAUCGUUCGAGAGGAACGUUACUGUACAAGUAUUUGAGGCAACAAUAAGGCAAGUCCUGAGCGCAGUGAUCGGAUCUCUCCUGUCGGCUCAUUUGAUUCUUACGGAUGAUUCACACAUGCUGGGCAACUAUGCUUUGAACGGUUACAAUGGUGAGCUGCUGACGAUGGCCCAUGACCUGGCUGCCCGUCUUCUACCUGCCUUCGAUGGCACAAGAACUGGAUUGCCCUUUCCAAGGGUGAAUUUGCUAAGUGGCGUGAGUAAAGGCACCGUGGAUGAGAAUUGUCCUGCUGGCGCUGGAAGUCUGUUGCUGGAAUUCGCCGUCUUGUCGCGCCUUCUCGGUGACAGCACCUAUGAAAGCCUGGCGCGGCGGACCAAUCGGAACCAGUUACGACGUGGGCGUGAUCGUUGCGUUUUAGGCGAGGGAGAAACCCCAAUCUAUGUGAACAUUGAUAUGAGAGACGGAUCGCUUAUAAACACCUGGAUUGAUGCCUUACAGGCCAGUUUCGCUGCUGUGCAAGUUCUAAACGGUGACAUUGAUGAAGCCAUUUGUGCGCAUGCCAUAUAUUAUUCGCUGUGGAAGCGAUAUGAUGCUCUUCCUGAAAGAUACAAUUGGCGUCUGAGGGAACCGGAUGUAUAUUUUUAUCCAUUAAGGCCGGAACUGGCCGAAUCAACUUACCUGCUAUACCGUGCUACACAAAAUCCGUUUUAUCUUCGUGUUGGCUUUGAUAUCGUUCGGUCUCUGAAUGCUUUUGCAAGAGUUAAGUGUGGUUAUGCUACUGUUCAUAAUGUUGUUGACAAGUCUCUGGAAGACCGGAUGGAAUCAUUUUUUCUUUCCGAAACUGCAAAAUAUUUGUAUCUUCUGUUUGAUGUGAAUAACGCAGUUAAUCUUAACGAAGAACGCAUAUUAUUCACAACCGAAGGUCAUAUCAUACCCAUCGAUAAACGCAUCAGGGAACCAGUCUACGGUUUACCUCAGAGUGUACUUUACAAUCAUUCAUGUGCUGUGUUUAAGCUCCAGCGGCAUAGCCCACCGCUCGAUCAGUGGCGUCUUGCUCAAAUAUUUCAUUUAGUUGGCAUUGAUCAGUUUACUUUUUAA